AUGGUCAACGUUUCUGGACGGACCUGGAAAGAUUCACACAAGCCGGGGGCGCCUGCUGUGACCACCGAUUGGGCCCGGAGACAAAAAGAGAGAUUGGAAAAGGCCGCGCUGAAAGCCAAAGAAAAGGAGUUGAAGGAGGAGAAACAGGCCAAGAAGGAUGAGCAGAUCCGGCGGCUGAAAGAGCGACGAGAACUCAAAGCAGAGCGGGAACGUUAUGAGAAAAUGGCUCUUGUUAUGCACAGAAAGCGUGUGGAGAGAGUGCGAAGACGAGAAAAGCGCAACAAACUGCUCAAGGAGCGCUAG